AUGGGUGUGUCUGCACUCUAUGGAAUGUUAGCCCGAUGGCAAAUAUUACUAUAUGAAUUUGACAUUGAAUACGUAAGUCAAAAGGCUAUAAAAGGAAGUGUCAUAUCUGACUUCUUAGCAAGCAAAAUGUCUGAAAACUAUGAACCAUUAGACUUCGACUUCCCAUAUAAAGACUUGAUGGCUAUAUCUUUAGAAGAAGCAAAUACUUCCACGUGUAACUCCAGGAAAAUGCAUUUUGAUAGUGCAUCAAAUGCGUUAGGGCAUGUCAUUGGGGCUAUUUUGGUCUCACCCAAAGGCAAUCAUUAUUCAUUCACUAGCAGAUUAAACUUUUAUUGCACUAGCAACAUGGCGGAGUAUGAAGCUUGUGUUUUGGGGAUUCAAACUGCUAUUGGACUGAACAUAAAGACUUUGAGGGUGUAUGGAGAUUAUGCCUUAGUGGUCUAUCAGCUCCGAGGAGAGUGGGAAACAAAAGAUACCAAAUUGGUGGAAUACAGAAAGCUCAUUCUAAAUCUACUUAAAGAAUUUGAUGAGGUCAAUUUCUAUUACAUACUAAGAGAAGAGAAUCAAAUGGUAUAUGUUUUAGCUAACUUGUACAAGCAUUCAAGGCUGAUGGGGAAACCGACAUGA